AUGGAUCUGUCCAAAGGCGGUUUGGAUUUGUCCCACAUAUUUGGCCGCACGAGUUUUUCAAGACGAAACGCUUUCAUCACCGCGCUCGUCUUUUUCUCGAUUGUGUACAUUUACAUCGUUUUCGCAACGAUUCCCACGGCUCAACAUGCACGUCUGAUCCCUCAGAGCAUACCCAAAAAGAUCUGGUACAAACUAGGUCCCCGCGGGUUGACUGCACAAGUGCAGGCAUGGGCCGACAGCUGCAUACAACAGAACCCCGAGUAUGAACACAAGUUUAUGACGGACGAACUCAGCGAUGCUUGGGUCGCAGAACAUUUUUCCGACCACCACGAAGUCGCCGAAGCAUAUCUCAACCUCACAGUCCCGAUACUCAAGGCCGACAUUCUGCGCUAUCUGCUGCUAUUCGUGGAAGGAGGAGUCUACAACGACCUGGACGUCACCUGCCACGUGCCAAUAGACAGCUGGAUCCCCGCCGAGUAUCAGGCAAACGCGAGCCUUGUGGUGGGAUGGGAAUUCGACGUCGGUUGGGGGGAGAACAUUGUCCGAGAGUUUGCGACCUGGACGAUCCUGUCGAAGCCCGCCUCUCCCCACAUCUGGGCCCUGAUCGAAAACAUAAUCCAGCUGCUGGACGACAAAACAAAGCAACUAAACCUCGAGUCGGUAGGGCAACUGACACCAAUCACUGUGGGCGACGUGGUGGAUACUACGGGCCCGCGCAUCUUCACCAAGAGCAUCCUGGAGAGCCUCGAACGAAACACACAAGCACCUGUAGAUAAAGACAGCAUAAAAAACCUGCUGCACCCGAAAAUGGUGGGCGACGUGCUGAUCCUACCUGGGUACUCCUUCGCCGCGGGGUCAAAUCACUACAGUGCUGAGCAGCCAAUUCAGCCUCCGCUGGUGACGCACCAUGGGGCUGGCACGUGGAAAAACGAGCAUGGUGGCGAGAUCGUCUAAGAGCUGAUAUCAAUGAAGCUAUCAGAGGUGAUGCAUA